UACGCCUCCUUUUGGCGGCCAUUUCUCUUGGCGUCUGCUCGGCUCGGGCUAGCGGCAGCUGUUCCAAUCACGAGGGGCCGGCAGCGGCGCGGUCGGCGGCUAGUGGUGUGCAGCACUCCCGGGUGUUCGCGAUGAGUUUACCCCUCAAUCCUAAGCCUUUUCUCAAUGGGCUGACAGGAAAGCCAGUGAUGGUAAAACUGAAGUGGGGAAUGGAGUACAAGGGCUACCUGGUCUCUGUGGAUGGCUACAUGAACAUGCAGCUUGCAAAUACAGAAGAAUACAUAGAUGGGGCAUUGUCUGGACAUCUGGGUGAAGUUCUAAUAAGGUAA